GCUAAAGCUCCCAUUCGUUUUCUAAAAACAAAAAACUUCUUCAGAGCAACGUUCAGAAAUUAUAUAUCUUCUUAACUGCAAAGAUAAUUAACUCACUCUUACUGGAGCUGCAGGGAAGUUUAUCUUUUGUUUUGGCGUCUCUUCUGUGCGGAGCAAGAUUGCGCGUAAAUCGCGGUGCGAGGAGCGCCCGGUGCUGUCGCAUCUGGGCGUCAGAGCGCGGGUGAUCGCCAUGGGCGUGCUGGGAGUUGUCAUGGUGCUGGUGCUGGUUAUUCUCAUCCCGGUCAUGGUCAGCGCGGCGGGACCCGAUUCGCGCUACGAGAUGCUCGGCGCGUGUCGGAUGAUGUGCGAUCCGUCUUCAGCACCGGCGGACAAUCCGCGCGAUAACCGCUUAGUUGAUUCCCCUCCGACUUUCACACGCGGUGCGAAAGGUGAGCCAGGGCGCUCAGGGAGGAUCGGCCCGAGGGGUCAGCCGGGUCCGCCCGGACCUGCAGGUCCACCGGGGGUCAUAGGACAGCCUGGACCACCCGGAUUACCCGGCGUCACCGGUGUCAUAAGCGCAGCGACGUACAGCACCGUCCCCAAAAUCGCCUUUUACGCGGGACUCAAGAAGCAACAUGAGGGCUACGAGGUGCUCAGGUUUGAUGACGUGGUCACCAACCUGGGCAACCACUAUGACCCCUCGAACGGUAAAUUCACCUGCUCCAUCCCGGGGAUUUACUUUUUCGUGUAUCAUGUGUUAAUGAGAGGAGGUGAUGGGACCAGCAUGUGGGCUGACCUGUGUAAGAAUAACCAGGUGCGCGCAAGUGCAAUAGCACAGGAUGCGGAUCAGAACUAUGACUACGCCAGCAACAGUGUGAUUUUACACCUGGAACCUGGCGAUGAGAUCUACAUUAAACUAGACGGGGGUAAAGCGCACGGGGGAAACAACAACAAAUACAGCACAUUUUCAGGCUUCAUGGUCUACGCCGAUUAACGCCUGUGCUAUAGACUGCGCUUUUCAGAUGUACCUACACAGUAAUCGAUGUGAGGUCACAAAACAUUUAACCCUCAAGCCUGUGACAUCACAUCCACGUCUGAGUGAAGGAUAAAGACAACAGA